GAAUGAGUCUGAAUGUGUUGGCGACGCUUUUUUUUCAUUCAAGUGAUGCGAAUCUUCUUGCUUAGUUGUUCCGUUUUGCGUACAUUUUUAUGAAUAUUGUGUAUAAAAAAUUUAAUUUGACAUUGUUUUGAAAAAAAUUAAAAAUGACUUCAAUUGAAGACAGAGGGACCACAGCAGGGGAAGUUGCACCAGUUGGAAAUCCAGAUGAACUUGCAAAAAAUCCUACAGCACUGAAAGAGGCACAUGAGCAAAUGGCUACGCUUGAUGUGCUUGUGUGUGGACAUUGCCAUUCAGCUUUUCACUUUGUUGAUGAAUUCAAAGAGCACAAGGACGCUAAUAACUGUACAGGAAAAUCACCAGUCAGAGAUAGUAAUGAAAACAAGGCGCAGGUUUGGGCAUUUUUGUUGUGGAAGUGUUCUUCGGUAAGAGAUGGAUCUACUUCUGGUGCUGAUAACAGUUGGAAGCUGUACCAACAGUGGUGCAGGAUGCCAGAAGCUCAGCGGAAUGCUUGGAUCGCUGCAGGAUCCAAUGUCCAGUCUCUAUCCAAGUUUGCACAUGCUAAAGUUACGGAACUUAAGACUGAUGACCAACUGGUACCAGUUCUGUCAGAUAAGAAACGAGGUCGCCCCAAGAAACAGAGAAUGGAGGAUGGCGAAGCACAUCCAUCGGGAGAGGAGAGUGAUGAAAUCAGAUCUAGUCCAGGAAUGAAGGUCAACAACAAACCAUCAGUGUCCUUAGCUAAAGCCAAGGAGUCAAUGGAGUCGGUUCGCGCGGCGCAGGAGCGCGUGCCGGCGUCGGAGCGCAUCGCGCGGCGGUCGGAGCGCGAGGGCGGCACCGCGGAGCCCGGGGAAUACGUCGUUGAGAAGAUAUUAGCUAAGCGGUUCAACCCGCGACGAAAGCAGUACGAGUACCUGCUCAAGUGGGAGGGAUAUCCGCAUGAUCAGAACACAUGGGAGCCAGUAGAUAACAUGGAGACGUGUAAGCACCUGUUGGAGGCGUUUGAGAAGCAGCUCGCUCGACAGAAGGAGCUCAAGGCGCUCAAAGCGAGCGCGCAACAGCAUCCUGUGCAGGUCAAGCAAAUGAAUACACCAAUGCCGCAGGUUGUGAAGCAAAUCGUCAAAAGGAAUGAUUCUCCAGCUACAACACCUUCUGGACGUCUGCAACGGACAAGUAAAGUGCGAGCGCUGGACCAAGUGAAAGCUUGGUGUGGGGCAGAAGACGAGCCGGCCGCUAAGAAAAUAAAGAAGGAGGCUUCUAGUGACGAUGAAGAUUACUCCGAUACCGACUCUUAUAAAAUUGAGCGAAAGAUUCUAAAUGGGCAGUCGUCACCAAAGGCAAAUGUAGAUUCUGAACUUGUCAAGUCACUUGGCUUAAGUGGAAAGGGCAUGCCUAACAUCAAAGGAGUCAUCAAAGUGGAUCCCAAACAUAUGCCUAAUCUAUCUACAGGUGUUUACAUCAUGUCAAAGAGUUCUGGUAUUAUGAAGAUUGACUCACCUGGCAAGAUUGGGCCAGGAUUGAACAUUGACCAAGAUGUCAUUAGGAAGCAAAUAUUGGCUGCCAAACAGAAAAAAAUAGAAGAAGCCAAAAAGAUGUCUCCAUCACCAGCAUCACAGAUGAAGAAAAAUUUAGGAACUACCACUACACAAAAGACAAUAAUAACACCUUCUGGUCAGAAGAUCAUUCAACGGACCAUACAAAGACCAAGCGGGCAGUCGCCUGAAGGAAAGUCACCGGUAUCCAUUCUCACUAAGAAAUUAGCACAGCAAGGCGACAGUCUGCUACGGCGGGGAGGCGGUGUCACGCGCGGCCGAGGGCGUGGCUUACCUCUGGGUGGGACUAGCAACCUCGUUCGUGUUCUUGAGAAGACUUCCUGCCUUGACAACGAAAAGAUAUUUUGGGACGCGUCGUCGGACACGUCGGACGGCAUCGAAGACCCGUUCCCGACGAACCUCGGCCCCAUCCCGUCGCCGAGCCCCGAGCGCGAGCUCACGCUGUGCCCGCUCACGGGGCGGAGGCUCGCGCGCGCGGAGGGCGAGCCCACGCCCCCGCCGACCCCGCCCCCCGUCACGCCCCCCGUCACGCCGCCGCCGCAGCAGCCGACUAUGCUCAUGAAGGUGGAGAUGUCACCGGGCGGUACCACCGGCAUGUUGGUGCAGGGUGACGGCGCUCAACCCUCGUUGCCCAUGCUCACAGAUGAAGAUGGAUCUGAGGUGAAAUCUGAGACUAAUGCCGUGAAGCAUCUACUCGGUGAGGGCGUGGGAGUGGAAGAUGGGGACGAGGUCAGCCUCCUCCAUUCUGGACACGGCCCCAUCAUGAUCCGCGGCGAGGACGGUGUCUUGUAUCAGGUGGCGGGCGAGAACGAGGACGGUCAGACGCUGCUGGUGGCGGCGGAGGGCGUGGAGGGGGCGGAGGGCGCAGAGGGCGAGGACGGCGGCGUCAUGUACGUCACCAGGGAGGACGGACAGACACUCCUGGUGGCUACUCAGGGUGUAGACGACGCGGGCCAGGGCGUAGAGGGCGCUGUUGAAGGCGAGGCGGAGGGCGUCACGUACGUCACGAGAGAGGAUGGAUCACAGGAUGUGCUGACGCUGGACGGGUCGGGUCUGGCGGCGCUGCUGCCGGGCGGCGAGGGCGGCGCGCUGCAGCAGGUGGCCGUGCAGGUGGAGGGCGAGCCCGGCGAGGACGCCACGCAGGUCAUCGCGCAGCUCGUGCAGGCUGACCUACCGUCGCCAGGUGGAACAAGACGAGUGGUGUUAUUACUACCUGACGGUAGCUUCACAAUGACUGAACUAGAUAAAGAACAAUACGAAUCAAUAACAGAAGCGAGCAAACAGCAGGAAUAGAACAUGCAUAUUAUGGUCGAAGCAAAUGAAGUGUCCGUGUUGACUUUUGAAGGCGGGAAAUGUAAAAGCUGCAUGUGUUAAUUAUGCUUGACUGAGUUUACAAUGAUAUAUAUUAUAAAAAAUAUAUUUCAUAUUCAAGAGAGUGGAGUAGAUUAUUGUCUAUUAGGUAUAUUCUACUACUGUACAAGACGCUUGCGCCAGUCUAGGUAAUUGUUAAUGUUUAAAGUUUAUUUUUGUUUUACCAAAUGAUUAGCUUACCUUGUAUGCGAAGAACGAGAGGGAUAACUUUAUCGACGAAUAAAUUAAAACCCAGACUUGCGCAAGUGUUGUUUAUCUUAGUUAUCAUAAGAACAUAUUUCUCUACCAUUUUUUGCAUUAAACAGUUACAAUACAGAAUUUUUACUUGUAAAAAUCUAUAUGACAUAAAGGCUGUACAUAAAAAAUCUUUGACACAUUAAAUUUAAAAAAUUAACAAAAUCUAGGAACUUAACAAAGUGAUUUAAUAAUGGAAAAUGGAAGUUACAUCACUGCAAGAAUAUAAAUUUUAGGCCUAAUUUACUGCAAAAUAUAUCAGUGGUGUAUUGUUGCAAUUACAAGUAUUACAUAUUGUUCAAUUCAAAAAAAUCUAAUUCAACAUUUCGAGAAAUGUCUGCAAUCCGCUCGACUUGGUGGGGACCAUCCCCUAGAUAACUUGUAGUCUGUAGACAGAUAGGAUGAAAGACAAAUAUGUAAUUCUACAAUCCUAAAAUAAUUUCAGGUAUGAGGUUUCUCUGAAUAUAUUUUAAGAAACUUACAUGUUAGUGUAAUGAAUAUUACAAAAGUUGUAAAUAAUAAUUAAAAUUAUAAAACCAAGAUAAAGUGGUCUAAACCACCAGGCAAGUCAUAAAAAUGCGUAUGAAAUUUUGAGAUUGUCCUCGUUGUUUGUAAGUACCACUAGAAAAAUUUAUUCAUACGAGGUAGAUGGCGAAUAUUUGGACGGGUUUUGUCAAUACCGCCCAGUCGAGUUUUCGCACUAUGUCCGAUCCAAACCCGUGUAAAACGGUCUGAAGUAGAUGGAGUGGUACUGAACCUUGCCUUAUAUGGGCCACAAACAUGUUUUAAUUUUGGUGUCGGCUCUUGUUUAAAAUGAUCGAUUUACACAGACUGCAGAUUGAGUAUAGUAAUUAAUAUAAAAGAAGAAGCUUACGCAGUAGACCCGGCUUCGGACGUAAUGCAAAGUCAGUCUAAAAUUGUUUUGACUAAACCCGAGCAAAAUGUAAUGUAAAUUAUUUGCAUAAUAAUUAUGAAUGAAUUUCCCCAAUGGUACUUCAGCAUAUUCGCAUCUUGGCGGUAAGACUUAGUUACAAUUGAAAUAAAUAUAGGAAAUCGUAUGGAAAAUAGGCUUAGACUAUUUAAAAUACGAGUUUUUUAAUAAAUUUUAUUCAAUUAC